AUGUCCGCCGUCAACAAUAUGGCCGAGUCCAGCAGCCUUUAUUCCGAUUAUCGGUUCAGUUCCGACAUAGGCGCAUCGUCGGACGAGGACGAUUUCGUUUCCAGUGCCAGCACGACCUCAGCUGCGUCCGACGAGAGAUCCACGGAGAAACGGCCAUUGCAGCGAGACUCCGUCACGGUGUCGAACAAAGAUGAAUUGGAUAAUCCGCAACCAUCGACCUGCUCUGUUGCUGGGCCUGAGGCAGCCGAUAAUAACAUUGACACGACAUCUCUGGCGAUGGAAACGGCGAAUAUUAGUCUCGCGGCGGAUGAGAAACCCGUGGAAGUGAAAAAGCCGCUGCUUUUGUUGGACCUGCCCAUGGAUAUAUUGCAGGAGAUUGUGAAAGAGGUAACGCAUACGAAUGAUUUGACGUCGCUGGCUCUGACGUGCUCCACCCUUCAUGCUCUGGCGAUCCCUCAAAUGUACUCUCGGUUCGACAUUGUCUGGCCAGAUACCUUGUCGUCUUCCGAUCAUCCUGCUGGCGUUGACGCUCUUUCCUAUGGUUUGGCGACAUUGGUCAUGGGAGACGACAUCUUCCAUGAGCUUCCUACGCAUCGACCCGCCGGUUCCUGCGCACACUGUGGCUGCAACACUCCCCACGACCAAACCCCUACACAGAGUCCGGUGCGGAGGAUACGACGGGGGAACUACUAUGCACAAUAUACGCGGAAGUUCUCGGUUGGGAAUGGACCGCUGAUCUGGGUCCAAGAAUACUCUGUGACCAAGGAGACGGGGAAAAUGCUGGGAACAUUAGUCGCCUUGGCCAUUGCCCGGAUGGUCAAUCUGGAGACAUUCGUCUGGGACAUGCCUACGGGGGUUUUAAGGGAUGUGUGGAUUGCACUCUCAUCGCUUGCCAAUCGUCCUGGACACGAAUGCCGCCUGGAGCGUGUCUGGGUCCGAUGGCACGAUAAUUCGGAGAGCCCAAUACGCUCUGCACCGACUGCGUCUUCUUUUGCACUUCCAGAUACGCAGAACGAUUUUGCUCCUCUCCCAGCCGGCUCGCCAUUGCUGCAUAAAUACGGGCAUGUGGAGUAUCCGUCUUUGUCUAUAGUGCCGCCAUUGAAGAGCCUGAGCAUACUUGAUAUAGAUGAGUCGUCGUACAUUGAAGAAGCAGCUAUACUCAUCCGUCGUUCGUGGGAUCGGCUGAAGGAGUUGCGCGUCGGCAUUUCGUCAAAGGUCUGUCAGGCAGACUGGUUAAAACCACUGGGAGGCUGGUCCUCCCGAGAUUCGACCACGGCCAUGACUGGGUGGCCCAAGGCCGGGGGCGUGUUAGGAGUGCUACUAGGCCACACUGAUGGCUCGUGCUCUCAUGGAGUGGCUAGUGAAGGCUCCAAGAAAACGCCCAAUACCGAAGCUGGUGGAAGUAUUCCCGGGAGUACGAACCCUCAACUUGAGUCGCCUCCACCUGCAGGGUCACCAGAACCCUCACCAGACCAGCCAGUUGUAGUCUCAGAACCAAGGGCCAAAGAGCCGUCAAAGCCCUCCAGCACCGUCUUCAAAUUAUCUCCUAGCUCGCCUUCUGACGUCGAAUCCAACCGGAACCCGCUCAGGUUGGAGACUUUGGAGUUAGAACGCGUGUCUCUAUCUAUUCCGGUGAUACUACAAAGUCUUGAUUGGACCCGGAUCACGGCUUUGACAAUACUGCGCUGCGAAGGCCAUGAGAAGCUGUGGAGGUCCCUGCGUCGCCAGUUUCCUCCGUCAUGCGCCCCUCGCUCUUCCAGAGCUGGAAAGAGAGAGGGUGGACAAUCGGAGUACUCUUUGAGAAUCAAACACAUCCAUACGGACGCCGUGUCUCCGUAUCUGCUACUGUUCAUCAAGGACACCCUGGCUCCUAACACACUCGAAACUCUCUUCUUGCACGAAGCUCCCAUGUAUGACUCGAUCGUCCAGAUUGAUGCCAUUUACCGAAAUGUGAUCCGCAACCAUCGGAUGAGUCUGAAAAAGGUACUCAUUGAUAGUACGGAGCGGUCCGCAAUUGGCGUUGAGAUCGCCACUAGCCGCUGGCGUAAAUGGAUGUUUACGCGCGAUAUGAUUUCUUUUGUCACCAGUGGACGCAUGCCUCGAUUGCGUGAGCUGUCGAUGACCGUACAUUCCAAGGACUGGCACUACUUCUUACAGAGGCUGCCUAAUGUUCCACACCUUCGGGCCUUGCACAUUCCUCAUAUCGCCCAUCCCAUACACCGGGAUUCCAAGGAGCUUGCACUGCAAAUUCUGGACAUUGUCACCAUCCGUCCGGAUGUUGGAAUCAGCUACGUAGGGAUGCAGAACAAAUGCUACGAGAUCCUCGAAGGGAAACGAGGGGAUAAGGUUGAUCUUGACGAUGCGGAUGACAGCCAUAGCGAGGGUCUGGGAGAUGGCGAGCCCUGGUCGGCCAGCGACACGGAUGACGACGAAGGUGACGAUGACGCCGGAGCUGCCAGCACGGCGGAUUCAACCUCGGUGCUAUCGUCGGACCACGAAUCGUCGAAUGGAGAUGAAUCCGAUCUCGAAGGCAGCCGAUCACGUGUGACGUUUCGGCUGCGCGAGAUUUUGUUUUAUGAUGAUAAGAUCGCCAUUUUUAAGGCGCGACAUGGAGUUUUGUGA